AUGCACACAGACGGGAUGUCGACCACUGGGCAAAUGGACGAAGUAUAUCCUGUGCUUAUUGUUGGCGCUGGACCAGCAGGAGCAACGCUGGCAUUGCAUCUCGGAAGACUAGGCAUCAAAACACUUCUCAUUUCGAAACACCAUGGCACGGCCAACACACCUCGGGCGCACAUCUUCAACCAGCGUGCCAUGGAGGUCCUGAGAGAUGCUCGACUGGAGGAACGACUUAGCGAAGUUGCCUGCGAUGCCGCCCACAUGGCGCACACGCCAUGGUCUGACAAGCUGAACGGCACUGAAUACGGGAGGAUGUGGUCCUGGGGCAACAAGCCUGGAAAGAAACAUCGUUACGAAAUGGCAAGCCCAUGCAGGAUGUCUGAUCUGCCUCAGAGCUAUCUUGAGCCAAUCCUGGUUGGAGAAGCUGCGAAAGCCGGGAAGCAGUAUCCAGUCUUGGAUACCUUGGGGAUAAUUGUCGACGGCAAGCAACUUAACACGGCGCUCAACGUUCACAUUCAAGCUGAUCUCUCGAGAUACAUGGAGAACCGUCCUGGAAGUCUGAACUGGGUUCUAAACACCGAAGCGCCAGAAUGGUCUGCCGCGGGCAACUUUCGCAUGGUCCGUCCGUGGAACGAAUGGUUAGUGUCGAUGCACCCUGCGAACAUCGAUGGCCGGUCGUUCGAGCCCACCAACGAGCAGAUCCAGGGGCGACUGAAGCAGAUGGUUGGUGAUAAUGACGUUGAGUUCGAGAUCUUGUCAAGCUUCUGA